AUGGGUUCCUGUCGGGAGAAAAGUAUAUUUUUCGUCCCUCAACUUUUCACGGAGUCUAAAUUUGGUCCCUCAACUUUAAAACCGGACAACACGCACCUUCAACUAUUGAAACCAGACAAGACUCGAUCAAGAGUUGUGGGACGAAAAAUAUACUCUUAUCUCCUGUCGGUGUACACGUCCAGCGACUUGAGCGACGAGGACUCCAAGUUCAACCAGCAGAGCGCCAGAGAUCAGGUCACGGAGGAGGUGAGGAGGCUGAUGGAGGCGCACAAGGAGGAGGUGACCAGCAUUACCGUCACGGGCCACAGCCUUGGCGCGUCGCUGGCGACCCUCAACGCAGUCGACAUGGUCUCCCACGGCGUGAACGUGCCGCCCUCCUCGGCACAGCAGCAGCCUCCGUGCCCAGUGACGGCGAUCCUCUUCGCGAGCCCGCACGUAGGCAACGACAGCUUCAAGUCGGCCUUCGCUUCGUUCCCAGACCUCCGUGCGCUUCAUAUGAGGAACGCCGGCGACGUGGUGCCCCUAUACCCGCCGAUCGGGUACGUGGAUGCGGCGACGGCGGUGCUGCUCGUGGACACUGGCCGGUCGCCAUACCUGAAGCAGCCGGGCACUGUGCAGACGCGCCACAACCUCGAGUGCUACCUGCACGGCGUGGCCGGGUUCCAGGGUGCCGGCGGAGGGUUCAAACUUGAGGUGGACCGCGACGUGGCCCUGGUGAACAAGGGUGUUGACGCGCUCAAGGAUAAGUAUCCAGUGCCGCCCAACUGGCAUGUUAUCAACAACAAGUCCAUGGUGAGGGACUCCGAUGGUCACUGGAAGCUCAGAGACUUCGAGGAGACCUGA